AUAGACUGAUGAGUUAUUGUCAUGUAAAAAGCGCCAGCAAUAAGACCAACCGCUUUGCUAUUGUCCAAGUGGAAAGAGCCAAGUUUAUUAUGAGGACUAUAUGCUCUAGAGACCUCAGGCAAGGCAUCUCAUAGGAGGCUUUUUCAUAAAACUAGGCUCUGCUGGUAGUAAGGAGGCCACUCUCGAAGCAGGCGUUGAGCUGUGCACAUCUCCCCACCACAGGCACCUUCUCCAUAUAUCCAGCUUUGAUUUCAUUUUUUCCACUUGGCUGAGCCAUCCAGAGCCUUUUCAAUGUAUAAAAUGGAAUAUUCUUACCUCAAUUCCUCUGCCUACGAGUCCUGUAUGGCUGGGAUGGACACUUCGAGCCUGGCUUCAGCUUAUGCUGACUUCAGUUCCUGCAGCCAAGCCAGUGGCUUUCAAUAUAACCCUAUAAGGACCACUUUUGGGGCCACCUCUGGCUGCCCAUCCCUCACUCCAGGAUCCUGCAGCCUCGGCUCUCUUAGGGACCACCAGAGCAGUCCAUACGCAGCAGUUCCUUACAAACUCUUCACCGACCACGGCGGUUUAAACGAGAAGAGGAAACAGCGGCGGAUCAGGACCACGUUCACCAGCGCCCAGCUCAAGGAACUGGAGCGGGUGUUCGCAGAGACUCAUUACCCCGACAUUUACACCCGGGAGGAGCUGGCGCUCAAAAUCGACCUCACCGAGGCGCGGGUGCAGGUGUGGUUCCAGAACCGCCGGGCCAAGUUCCGCAAGCAGGAGCGGGCGGCGGCGGCGGCGGCGGCGGCGGCCAAGAACGGCGCGGCCGGCAAGAAGUCGGACGCCUCCCGCGACGACGAGAGCAAGGAGGCCAAGAGCACCGACCCCGACAGCACCGGCGGCCCCGGGCCCAACCCCAACCCCGCGCCCAGCUGCGGCGGAGGCGGCGGCGGCGGCGGCCCCAGCCCGGCGGGCGGGCAGGGAGCGGCGGGGCCCGGCGGCCCGGGGGGGGAACCGGGCAAGGGGGCGGCGGGGCCCGGCGGGCUGGCGGCGGCGGGGCCGGGGCAGGGCUGGGCCCCGGGGCCCGGGCCCAUCACCUCCAUCCCCGACUCGUUAGGCGGCCCCUUCGCCAGCGUGCUCUCCUCGCUGCAGCGGCCCGGCGGCACCAAAGGCAGCCUCGUCAAGAGCGGCAUGUUCUGAGCGCCGGCCCACGGCCCUCGGCACCCGCCGCCCGCCCGCGGCUCUGAGCGGGGACCGGGACCCGGCCCCACGGCGCAGGGACCCCCCGCGAGUCCCCCCGGGGCCGCCCCCUCGGCCCGGCCCGGCCCGGCCCCGCAGCGCCUCCGCGGGCCCCGACGGGGCGGACGGGGUUUGGGGGGGGGGGGGGGCUCCCCGGCAGGCCUCCCGCCGGUGUUUCGCUUUGUUUCUCCUCGUUUUCUUUUUACGAACCUCCUUCCCGCCGCCAGCCCGAGCGGGCAAGUGUCUUGUCCCCCCUCCCGCCCCCCCGCCGCCCCCCGACGGGGCGGUUCUGGCUCCGCCGGCCCUCGGCUGGGUUUGGGUCUCUCCGCUGCCGGCCCCCGGCCCCCUCGGCGGACGGCUUGUAUUUAUUAUUAAUUAUUAAUUAUUCUUAAUUAUUCUUAUUCCACGGUCCACGCAGUUUUUAGGCACCUCCGUUAGGGUUUUCUAAUUUUAUUUGAAGAGGCACAAACUCUAGCUAUUAGUUGAAUGUCGGCAGGUAUGCUUUCUCUUUUUCUGUGUCUUUCUACGACUGUGUUCUGUGACUCAGCUGUAUAGUGUUAAUAUCAGUACAGACUUGUCUAGUUGACCGUAUAAAUAAUGUUUUCCCUUCUCGUAGUCUCUAUGGCGUGUCUUUAUGGAGAAAUAAGGUUCUCACGGGUUCCGUUCCCUUUGCGUUUAGAGAGACCAGGUUCAGGCAAUGAUAUAUAUUUUUGUUAUCAGUUGCAUGUCGUCUCAUUCUUUUUUUUUUUUUUUUUAAUUUUUCCCUUUUUUAUUUUUACUUUUUUCCCUACCUGUUGGAAUAUGUUUGUGAGCAUAAUCGUCAUAAAUUAUGUUCAGGAUUUUCAGAUUUAUUUAUAAUGUGGUUAAGAUGAAUGCUUCUAUUUAAAAGGGGAAAUAUUUCUACAUGUGCAUAUAGUUUUCCAAGAGUGUACCAUUAAUUGAUUGUUGAUAAUAAAAACCAAAAGCAAA